AUGUUUCAUAUUUAUAUUCCAAAAAUAAAUAAUGAUUACCAGCUUGCUCUUGCUCAAUAUUUAAAACAAACUUCUAAAAAGGAAAUAGCAGAAAAAAAGCAUACCCAAAAAUUUAAAAAGCUGAUACCAAUUGUUUGUUACACAAUAUUUAAUCAAACUUUUAAAAAGGAAAUAGAUAAAAAAAAAGUGGCACAAGCACAAUGUCAACACCAUAGAAGACAAGAACCAAAUGCAAAAUUAAUAAGAGCUCAGAAGACCAACACCAAAUGCAGAAAAAGAGCUGUAUUAACACCUAUCGAACAUCGUGAGAUACUUUAUUUUACUAGAGAUUUUUCUCUUGAAGCAGAUAUUGAAAGAAUGGAUAUUGAAUGUUAUUGUUGUGGUGUGCUUCAUUUUCAGAAAGAAUGGACUGCUAGAAACUUGGAUCAAUUUACAUCCUGCUGUCAUAAAGGCACUGCGAAUAUUUGUAAAUAUAAUGGUGUUAUGGCAUUUGCUUCAAUUGUGUCAAACAUUCAAUCACCUCCUGGCUGUAGACUGUAUGUAUACAAAAUAUUAGGACAAAUAUAUUAUUUUUUUGGACCAGUGCAGCCAAGCACAAAUGAUAUUCCAACUUUUGGACAGCUUUAUUUCAUGAAAACAGCUAAUGCACAAAUAUACCGAAAUAAGAAUUCUGAAGUUAGUCCUUUUGCACAAGCAUUUCAAAUAAUGAGAGAGGUUCAACAUAAAGAGAAUAGUACUGCAAUAGAGCAAGGUCGGCAGCUGAUAAAAGUUCAAAUAAUCUUUGAAAAUGACUGUCGUCUUGAUCAACAUCAUUACAAUGCACUCUGUGUUAAUGAAGUUGCUGCAAACAUCAUUAGCUCUGGAGAUUGUAAUUUUCUCUCUCAUUAUCUUGCUGUACAUCCAUGCAGUGACAAAGGCUGGCAUCCAAAUAUGUUAAACAGCUGA